AUGGAGUGGGAGUGGGUAGGGUCCGGUUAUACUGUAGAAAGGCUGGUGGGAACAGGCAAAAGAAUCAGCUCAAAGAUCAGAAGCUACCAAGUUUUGUUAUGCUGUGUUUUUCCAUCCAGGCUGAAGUUCCCGUCGGACCUGGACGAGCUGCGGGACCUCGCAGACACGCUCAGGUUUUAUAAAAGAGAACAUUACGGCUUCGUCCUGCUGCUGUACUGCAGCGCCUACCUCUACAAACAGUCCUUCGCCAUACCUGGCUCCUCCUUCCUGAACAUGUUAGCUGGUGCGAUCUUCGGGCCCUGGGAGGGUCUGCUGUUGGCCUGCAUGCUCUCUGCGUUUGGCUCCAUGUUCUGCUUCCUGCUCUCCUCGACGUUUGGAAAGCAGCACGUGGUUCAGCUCUUCCCGGAGAAGGUGGCGCUGCUGCAGAGCAAGGCUGAAGAAAAUCGCAGCAGUUUGUUCUUCUUCCUCCUUUUCCUUCGCUUCUUCCCUAUGACUCCAAACUGGUUCCUUAACAUCACCUGUCCCCUCCUCAACAUCCCUUUGCCCAUUUUCUUCUUCUCUGUGUUCAUAGGUUUGAUCCCCUACAACUUCAUCUGCGUCCGUACGGGCUCCAUGCUCUCAGAGAUCUCCUCCAUGGAUGAUAUCUUCUCCUGGGGGACGCUGGCUCAGCUCCUAGCCAUCGCUCUCGUGGCUCUGCUCCCCGGAGCGCUGAUCAAACACUACAGCAAAACCCACCUCAAGAUGAACGGCAUGGAAAGUAACGGACCCAGCCAGGCUGACGUCAAGCAGGAACGGAAGAGACGAUGAUUCUGGGGUAAAAGAGGAAUCGACAGGUUUGGGAUUCCCAAACACAAACUGAAGAGACCUCUCUGCACGGGGAGGCAUGUGACCUUUUGUGCACUUCAGCCUUGUGAUUUCUGGAAGGUCACAGCAAAGGCUCGUCAUACUUAAAGUAUGAUCUGCUGUGAAAGUUUGGAAACGUCUUCAGGUCGUGUUACGCCAGGUUUCAGUUUCCCAGAGAUCUCUCAGUGCCAACACACACAGAGCCAACGCUUAGGAGAUGAUUGGACAUAAUUGACUGAAUACACUUCUGCAUUUCUUGCUCAGUCCACUGUGACUGCAGUUGUAAAUUUGGACCUUCUGUCCAGUGUGUUUCCAUUGUGCCACAAUAUUACUAGAGCCUUAAAAGUAAUUUGCUCUGUGCACUAAACACAGUGUAGAGCUGCACAGGAAGCUCCACUGACCCUGCUGUGGACAAAUGUGUUCUUAAACCCACUGGAUAUACUUAGAGCACGGAGAUCAGACAACCAGCUACACAAUAAUGUCUCUUCUCCUCACGUAUGUUUACUCACUUUGCUGCUGUUACAGUUCCAGGAAUUGCAUGGACAAGAAAUGUUUUAGCACAUUUGGACUUCUAAAUGUCUCAAGAUUGUCUCCAUGUGGUUCAACAUGUCUUAAUGUAGCUGUCGCUGUAUUCACAGAUGGGUUUUAGAGCUCUGUGCACGUCAGCUGUGAUCCUCUCAUCACGGCCUCAACACAGUCUCUCAACUCAUUCGCUUGGAUUUUACAGUCGGCCUCUGCAGGUCUGCAAACAGACGAGUCAGUUUAUGACCUCACCUCAUCACUGAACAGGUUUUACAGUGUAGAUGCUGUUGGAUGUUCACAUGCAUGGUGGUGUGUCAUGAUACUGGACUGUGAUACACAGUAAUAUCAGCACGUAGUUGGCAUCAGCUUUAAAGUGAACUGUCACAAUCAGCCAACGUGCUUUUUCUUAUUUUGCACAAUGAAUGAAUAUUACAUACGUGAACAGUAUUUCAUGUCUCCAUCUGCUGGUGAUGAUGAGAGCAUGCAUGAUAUGAUGUUUGCAAAUCAAAUCAAACUGUAUUUAUAGCACCUGUCAUACACUCAUGAAGAAAAAAAAAAUCCCCAACAGAAGAGACUUGAUCAUCACCAAAAAAGCCAAUAUAUUGAUAUUGGUUAUUGGCCAUAUAAGUUGUUAUAUGUUGGCAUAUUGGAUAUCAGCAAAAAAAAAAAUCCAUUAUGGUGCAUCCCGAAAAAUAUUGAUAUUCAAUAUUGUUAUGGAUACCACACGGAAAGUUGAUGUUGAGGACAUACAAAUAAAACUUUUAUCAAAAGACAAAUAUGACGAGGCUCAGGGUGUCGUGAUGAAUCAAUAUGGAUGAUAGCUGGUUCUUAAAAAUGACAUAGCGUCAUCCUGCAAAUCAAUCAGCUCUUAAACCAACCGAAGCAACUGGAUCAAAGUGAGUAUUAAACCAAAGACAGCGAGCUGAUCACAUCUCCUGCUAUGGCGUCUGUGGGCGGCUCAUUCUGAACUUAUAUAAAAGCCAUCACAGUAUGUAAUAUUCAUCCAUUGUGCAAAACAAGAAAACCAUGUUUGCUGAUUCUGAGAGUUGGUUUUAAAGCCAAUAUCAGCUGAUACUGAUGACGUGCCGAUAUUAUCGUGCCUCCCAAACUGAAGCUGAUCCUUUCACCUCCCAAAGGAAAAAUUAAGUUACUCUGCAUGAGUGUUACAUUUGGAUACUGAUGAGACGAUCGCUGCUCGUGCUGCUGUGAAUUUUGUGGCCUUUAACUGAGCGUGCUGAUGCACUUUAUAUCUGUUUCUGUCAGUGUAACUGAUUCACUGUUUCAGUUUGAAAUCGUAUUUUUUUUUUUUUUGAAUCAGUAUUUUGCAGAGACUCUGUAGAGGAUAGUCUUAAACUGUAGCUUCUCAUCAAAAACAUAAAAACUUAGUGGUUUGCUCUAAAUUCAGGUUCCACUGAUGGUCUGAGUCAUUCACUGUUUCAUUCAGAGGUGUUUCUGAUGAACUUGAUACGUAGUAUUUUGGAUAUCACAUCACAUAUUGUAGCCUGACAGUGGAGUGAAGUCCUGGAUUUUUACAGUGGUGUCACAUUUUGUUUUUUAAUUUUUAGAAACUGUGGCUCUGAGUUUGGUGGUUCCACUGUUGACUUUCAUGAACAUCACGAACACGCAAAGUGCCAAAAAAUUAAUAAGUGCAAGAGUUUUUUUGAUCAUCACAGUCCAGAGGCAGUCUUACCAGAGCAAGUAAAAAAAAGAUUUUUUGUUUGUGAAAACGUUGCUUUAGGUUUUAAAGGCCUUGUGUUGAUGUCAGGAUUUUUGUUCUCCUCUUUGACCAAAAAAGUUUAAGAAAAAAAAAGUGACAAAUCUGCUCAGGGGAGACGAGAUCUUUAAAAAUCUUUUCUUUCUUUUGUUUUUUUUUUGUUUAAUUUUACCCAACAUGUGCACAAAGCAGUUUUUUUUUUUGGGGGGGGGUGUAAUGAAAUAAAAAAAUCUGUAAUUUCUGCUGAAUGUUGCAUCUUUUUAAUUUCAGUCUGAAACAAAUGCUUGUUUGCGAUCAUGUGACUAUUAUGACGGGCAAAAUUCAGACAGAGUGCAGGAAGUGAUGAAUCUGUACACUGUGUGAAAUAGACAUACAGGAAAGCAGCAACACAACAGAGCUGGAUGAAGCAGGUAAGCCAUGUUGAAUGUGAUCCAUACGAAUUGAACAAAAGUGAGUUUCCCCACAACUUGACUGAUUUGCCAUCAUCAUCACGAUCAUGUGCUGCACCCAUCCUACAGUGACUCCUUCCUGGCCACAGGUGAAUCAGAGGGCAGUCUUCAGGCCACUGUAGAGGAAGAGUUCAGCUUCAGCGUGUCAACACCUUGAGAUCUGAAUCUUCCACUGCCUCACCUCUGCCCCCUCUGCAGCCACGCCUUACACCCUGAGGGACGGGCCCCAGAGGACCAGGGCCGCCCUUUGCCAAAGGGACACAGUGAAACUUUCACCCUUCAAACUACGGCAAGACACCAGAGUAGCCAGAGCUGCUGUGGUGGCACAAAUUUAGGCUGACCCAGUUUAAUUUAACACAGUUUGUACUCUUCACUCUUCAAAGAAAAAAACAAAAACAACAAAAUGUAUUUGCACUGAUUUCUCUAGAUCCAUUUAUCUUCGACUGCGUUUAUAUUAUCCAUAGCAAAGUAUUUAUUUAUUACUCCUGCACUGCUCUGACACUUUAAUUAAUCACCUUACGCUGCAACACCUGCACUGACAACCACCUAAAUCUGCUCUACCAUCGUAUCUACUGUAGUAAAAGCUCUCUGUAGUUGUCCUGGGACGAGGUGAUCAUUUGACUGCUGUGGGUUUUUAUUCUUAUAUUUUUAUUCUUACACUUAACGUAAAACUUUUAAAAAAAUUAAUAGCCCGAGCUAUUAUUUGCUUAAAUUACUAAACUGAACAGGCCUAUAUUUGGGACAGGCCUUUAAUUCCUUUCACACAAAACUGUUGCUCAGCAAAGAUCAUUGCGCCAGUUAAUCUGAAUAAAUUACAGUCUUCUCUGCUGCUCAUGGUUUUAGUAAAAUGAAAUGAACUGAGCUGAACAAAAGUUUGAGUACUUAUAUUUAUGUGUGAUCUAAACAGCUAACUAACGUGAGCUCAAGCUGGUAGCCAACAAGAUGGUCUGCCAGGCAACCAGACCAGGCCUCUAAUUGAGACAGGCCUUUCUUUGUCAAAAUGUGUAGCCACACUGGGCUAGUAAAAGAGACUGGACGUUUUAUUGGGAGUAGGCUUUUAAGUUUUACGGUACAUCCUCUAUCCAUAUGUGUCUAUGUGUUUUUGUAUGUGUUGUGUAAUAAGGUGCUGGAUGUCUUAAUUUCCCUCAGGAUUAAUAAAGUAUCCAUCCAUCCACCCAGCCAGCCAGCAAAGCUGAUGGAUGGAUGAAUUGAAUAAUGCUGUAAUUUGGUUGUACCAUUAA